UCGCAGAAUAAUCACGUCAUUUGCGCUGCGUCUCUCUUUCAUCUGCAUGGCUACGGCACAGUCUACUAGCUAAAUCAGCAGAUUGUGGUAGUGUAUCUGGUCAAAACGGAUGUUUAAUUAGUCUACAUUAAUCAUCGGUAUGGCGGACGCAAUACAGAAGAAGCUACAGUCUGAGCUGGAAAAGUACCAACAGAUCCAAAAAGAUGUCAGUAAAAGCAUGUCAGCCCGACAGAAACUUGAGGCUCAGCUUACUGAAAAUAACAUUGUUAAAGAGGAACUAGACUUUUUGGACAGCCAGAAUACGGUUUACAAGUUAAUUGGACCUGUCCUGGUGAAACAAGACCUAGAUGAAGCAAAGGCAACAGUGGGCAAGAGGCUUGAGUACAUCAAUGGAGAAAUUAAACGUUAUGAGACGUUAAUGAAAGAGAUGGAGCGAAAGACUGAACAGCAUCGUGAGGUCCUUGCCAGUCUCCAACAAGAGUACCAACGUGCUCAAGGCCUUCCUGUUGGCAAAGCCUGAUUUGUGAAUGUAUUAUAAAUAAACCCAUUUAUUUAGA